AUGUCUGAAUGCGUGUCGGAGUAUAGUCACGUGUUCAACACGUGGGAGGUAUAUCCACGAGUACACCAUUUUCAACAACGAUUCAAGAACCUUUAUCCAAGAUACAAGAAUAUAACAAUUUUACAAGAGAAUCAAAUAUUCGAAGAGGUAGUGAAACAGAGUUAUCAUGAGUGUCACAUUGAAACGUUAUGUUCACGACUUUCCCGUGCUGGAAGUUUAUCCUCGUGUACAUUACUUCUACAGACGGUUUAAAGAUCUACUUACCAGAUACAAACGAGUUGAAGAUGCACUACCAAAAUGUUUUCACGAUGCAAUGUUGAUGUCGGGGCUGGACCAAUUGAAAGAAAAUCUGGAAUGCGGUGUAAGGGUUUACGUGAUAGGACACCAUGAUAUCGAUGACAGUAAGCUGGUGUUCUCUAGCCCUUCUCCCCGAAAUCAAAAGGAAACAUUUGCAGAACCAGGAAUUUCAGUGACUGUAUGGCACAUCAGCCUUGGAAAUUUUGGCAAGAAAGAAUUACAGGACAUCACAUCUCCUUUUAAAACUGUUAGCGCAUAUACGAAAAGGCUAGGAUUGAACGAUAUUAUUUUCAUCAAGUGUGACGUAAGCCAACAGUACUCGAAGGAAGAAAUUACUGAAAUCCGCAACACCAUUUUUGAUGUACUUUACGAUGAUACGUCAGAGAUUCGUUUUCACCCAAAAGACAUUUUAAUCGACUAUGAUGAUAGUGACCUGAAUACAGAGAUCUCCGACAAGCUAGAGGAAAUUAUUGCUGAUGGCUUCUCGAAUAUAUAUUCCAAUCUUAAGAGGUUCGAGUCUGUAACCAGUGAAAGUAGUUUAGAAAACACGAAUGUACUGGAGAUCGACACAGUAGUUGUGUCUAUAAAGGAGUUUCUUCGAAGUGCUCGUAAUAUUGUAGAAGUAGAGGUGACUGAAGAAACAGAAGAAAAGGCAUGUGGUGAAAUUCUUCAACAUCUGCUCCACUCUUUGUGUCAUGUGAUUAAAUGCACACUAGUAAAUCCCUUAGCAAAAAAGAUUGGCCUCAAGACGUGGAUAUGCAAUGGUCUGCUGCAUGAGAUACAAUUCGAGGAAGCUUUGGUCGAAGCUGUCUCAAGAAAUACACGACAUCAUUUAAGAAAGCUGGCAUCAGCUACGUAUAAAGCUAGAUGCGAUGGAAUCAGAUUUACCCGGAAAUGUUACAUAUUCGAUUUCAUUUGUUUCCUUCUACAAACAGAAAUGAAACCUGUCGUUGAAAAAGCUGAAAAGAAACUUAUUUCAAUGCAGCGCGUUUCAACAGUCAUCCGGAGAAUGGCAUUCGAAACAUAUGGCUACUUGAGACAGACAAAUAUUGACAGUCCUGAGCAAACUAACCUUGCGCCGGCGAAGUUUCCUGACGUACUUAGAAAGGAUUUAUUACAUAUUCCAGGGGUGUAUGGUUUAGGUACCAUAUACGGUGAGCUUGAGAUUCAUCUAGAUAGAGAAACAAUGAAAACCUCGACAGAUUCUUCUAGCGGUACAGAAGAACAACCAUCUAAAUCAAAAGAUGAUGCAGACGCAAAAAAACAGCCCUGUUCAGAAGUAUUUGACAAAAAACAAACAACAAGACUGAAGUCAGACAUUGCCAAAACAUUGCAUAAACAUCAGUAUCGCAGUCGAUACUCGAUCAAAUAUGUCCAAAAUAAACCUAGAGAAGCGGCUGCUAAUUAUGAGCCUAGUGAUAAAUUGCUUCGUCAAGGAAGAAAGGGAUUUGGGACUCUUGGAGGAUUUAUCUGUAGUGCAGAUGGAAAACUCUACGGCCUUACAUGUGGUCAUGUUGUCGGCGAAAAUAUAGACAUCUUAAUCGAUAAAAGCGAACAAGAGCUAUUAAGCAGCUGUUCAAAAGCAGUCAUUCAUGGUGAUGGGCAUCUUAAACAUAUAGAUAUUGCUGCUUUGGAGAUACUUCCUUCGUUACAAUCUGAAUGUAAAAGAUCUUUAGAAAGAAGUUCUGAGCGCAUAACAAAAGUCAAACUGGCUGAAGACCAUCCGGAACAAAUGAUCGGAAACACUGUUUACAAGUUUGGUGCAGCAACUGGCAGAACCACCGGUUUUAUCGUCUCAAUAGAUUACAGCGUAUUAGGUAUGGAUACUAAAGACUAUUUAGUCAUGAUAGACACAGUUCCUGACAUUCCAAGUGGUUUCAGCGAAGACUUCAGCUCUCUAACCACUAAGGAGGACGAUCGACCGCCCCAAACUCUUGAAGAAGAAGAAGGAAAUAAUACGGCUAUGGAAACUGAUAACACAACGCUGAAUGAAACAUCAAAAGAUGAGGCACGUAGUGAUGCAGAUGCUGAUGAAGAGAAAAUGGACAUGGAGUUUUGUUCAAGUCCAUCACAAAGCAAUUAUGAUAACAGUUCAUUAGAGCAAGGUUGUUCCGCAAACAAAAAGAUAAAAUUGGAUGGCGGAAAAUCAUCUGAGACUAAAAUGAAAUAUUGUGAGGGCAAUAAUACGCUUGUCCAAAAGAACGGAAAUUCUGGCAUUGAAGGAGAAAGUUUUCUACAGGUUAGAGGUACAAACGGUGCUGAUGAGGAACAAAAGAAAGACAUACAUUUAUCUCUUCGUGAAAAUGUAAAUAACCGACUUGGAAGUGACGCAAUUUUCCGUCAUCCUCUCGUAUAUGUUCGACGCAAUACUUGCAAUCUAGGAUCUGCUUCAUCGGAUUCAAAUGAAUAUGGAACACCCGAUGAAGUGUUUGCAAAGGGAGGAGACAGUGGCUCAAUUAUAUGUGUACCUGAACCAACUCGUAGCAAACUUGAUUGUUUAGCUUUGUCGAUGCUUUUUGCUGGUGACUUUAAGAUUGAUGGUGAUGAAAGUCUGAAAUGCUUGUCAUUCAAAUUGAAUGUAGGCUUGCAUGCGCUGAUGCAAAGGCAUCAUUUGGACUUUUGAAUGUUAACAGUAAGAUACAGGAUAUGUCGUAAUUAAACGUUACGGCAAAUCAUCAAUGGUUAUUCAUUGAAAUACAUCUCUAACAGCCUUACCAUGUUUUCAAAGCUAACAGAAACAGAUACAUGUAUCAUUAAAGAAAAAAAAUAAAUGAGAGAAAAAGUUCUUCGACUGACACAGUUAUGAUGAAAAGGAAAACAAAUAUAAUGACAAUAACAAAAGUGAUGUGUAAAACAGGGGAUUUAAAUUGUAAAUACCGGUAUAUGAUAAUAAUAUACACAGUGAGCUAGUUCUUGGAAAAAAUAAUUUGUUAAAUCUGUUCCCUAGGAGCUUAUAAAGAAUGCUCUAUAAGUAAAUAUGAAAAUUGCAAUCAAAACUUAAAGGGAGACAAUAAAGGUUGAAAAUUUAAAAUAGAUAUUAUUGUUAGGAAUAUGCGAGUCAAAAUACAAAUGAUUCAGUGCACUAAGGUCAUAAAUCUAUAUAUUAGGUGAUAACAUUGGGCCAAUGUAUGAUUUAUUCCAACUGUAUUUUCAAGACGGAUAAAACUAUAUAUUAAGCAGAAGUUUUGGAGCAUAUAUGAUGAAUUAAUCCAUUGUUUACAUUUACAGAUGCGAAAUAACUGAAACCAUAGAGUUGUAUAUCUUCAAUAUGUUUUGUUCCGCUGUAUCAUAUCAUGUGUUAUAUGAUUUUAAAUUGUUGAUAUACCGUGCCAUUGUUACAAAUGUAUUCACAUUUUGCCCAUUUAGUGGCGCUAUACAUUAAGGGACAGUUGUUUGAAUUACAAAGUUAAUCAACAGAUCUGUCUUUUCCAAUGCUGAAUUUGUUUUGAUAGCUUAAAAAGAGAAGAAGCCAUUAGCUCUCUCUUUAUACAAAGUUUCUCAAUGCAACACUUUUGCAAUCAGUAUGUUGAUAUGUUAGAAACAGUGCUAAAAAUUGAUCAUUUUUUUUACAAAACCUUCUAUGGUACAUAAUUGUACCGAAAUAUAUUUUAAUUAUAAUUAUCAUAUAUAUAAUGUACAAUUAGUAUUAAACAUGGACAAUCACAUUUUAGCAAUAUACUGUGACAUAUUUCAGUAUUUUUAUAUAUCAUGUUAGAGACCAAAAAAUAAGGACCAAAAAAUAAACUGUUACAUUUAGUUAGAUAUCUAUUGGAAAUACAUAUUUUAUUAAUUUUUAAUGAAAUUUUGUAAUUAUCUUCCUUUGAUACAUGGGUUUUCAAAACAGUUUCUUUUUAUUUCAAUAUAAUUUCAAUUUUUACAUUUGCAUUAGAUGGAUAUUUGGGUAAAUUAACUACCUGACACAAAAGGCGAGUUUUAAAAGAGAAAUCAUCUAUAUUCAAUCUAUCUUGGUUACGCAACCAAGAUAGACAAAGGGAGGUAAUAAUAUCUUUAUAAACCAUUUUGUCUCAUGCGUUUUGGCAAAAUAUAUACCUGUCCAUGCAACUUUUUGACAACUUUAAUUCAAAAGUGCUUAUAUUCAUAUUAUUCAUUCGGCAAAAUAUGUUCGUUGAAUUCAUAUGUAUGCUAAAACUAACGCUUGGUUGGGCAACUAGGAUACACAAAUUAAAUUUUGAAAAUACUUUCAAUAAAAACCUGGCGUGUAUUAAGAACUUGGUGAACACAAUUAAGAGUAAACUAACAGUAAGUAAAGUUUCGAAGAAAUCCUUUGGUGGGUCAAAAUCUGAUUAACAACCUUUAACGUUUCUUAGUCUCCUUUCAGCAAGGCUUAAGAGCCUCUUUUAGAAUUUAUUUUAUAAUAUGAAGCGGAUUUUUUUUUUGUCACUUCCUAUCUAUAAAAAACAUUUUAACACGGUGUAAUCUGUUUUCAUCUCAUCGUCUUUGUAUCUAAACCAGUAGGCUGAAUCAGCCUGUUAGAAUACCCAUAAAUAUUUAUAUACACUAUUAUGUUAUAUAUCUAUAGAACCAAAAAGAACGUUGAUUUUCGUAUAAACAACAUCAGCGCCACAAUAUCAAACGGUGACCCUUCCUGUCAGAUUGCGCGUACAGUCUCGCUGCGUUUACGAAGCAACAGAACCAAAACGGGUCCAUUCGAAAAGUAUCAAAAGUGCAAACAUCUUUAAAGACAGCUGUUUUAUCUGUCAUUAACCUAAGAUUUAAAGCAUUAUGGAUCUUUAAGAAAAUAUGAAUGUUAUGCACACGAUUGGUAUACUUAAACCUAAGGAAAAACGGCUAAUUAUAGGUUUCGUGUUGUAUUAUACGAAUAUGAUCAUUUGUUUAUUGUUUUAUGAUUGUAUAUUCACUAUUGCCAUGCGUUCAUACUGUAUAUGUUGAAUAUUUACUAACUUGAGGUUGAAUGAAAAUAAUACUUUUCAACAAUCUUUU